AGCCACGCCUCCCCCGCGCAGCCGCAGCGGCGGCCGCAGGGCAGCGGGAGGAGGAGGCGGGGUCAGCGAUUCGCCCCUGGCGCCUGCGCGCCUCAGCGGGAGUAGGGACAGCGGCGGAGGGCGGCCGGGGCUAGAUACCUAAAAAAGAUGGCAGAUCCUUGGCAAGAAUGUAUGGAUUAUGCAGUUGGCUUAGCAAGGAAAGCUGGGGAGAUAGUCUGUGGAGCACUCAAAGAAGAAAUAUCUGUUAUGACUAAAAGUUCACCAGUAGAUCUUGUGACAGAAACUGAUCAAAAAGUAGAAAACUUCAUUAUUUCUUUGAUAAAAGAAAAGUAUCCUUCUCACAGCUUCAUUGGAGAAGAAUCUGUUGCAGCUGGAGAGGGCAGCGUGUUGACAGAUAACCCCACAUGGAUUAUAGACCCUAUUGAUGGAACUACCAACUUUGUACACAGGUUUCCAUUUGUGGCAGUUUCAAUUGGCUUUGUUGUAAACAAAAAGAUAGAGUUUGGAGUUGUAUAUAGUUGUGUAGAAGACAAGAUGUAUACUGCCAGAAAAGGAAAAGGUGCAUUUUGCAAUGGUCAGAAACUUCAAGUAUCAGGCCAAAAAGACAUUACAAAAUCCCUUUUAGUAACAGAAUUGGGAUCAAAUCGUGAUCCAGAAGCUAUGAAGAUAGUUCUUUCUAACAUGGAAAGGCUUCUCAGCAUUCCUAUUCAUGGGAUUAGAGCUGUUGGUACAGCAGCUGUGAACAUGUGCCUUGUGGCAACAGGUGGAGCUGAUGCCUAUUAUGAAAUGGGGAUUCACUGCUGGGACAUGGCAGGGGCUGGAAUCAUUAUUACUGAAGCAGGCGGAGUACUGCUAGAUGUAUCAGGUGGACCAUUUGACUUGAUGUCUCGAAGAAUAAUUGCAGCAAGCAGUCAAGCUAUAGGAGAGCGAAUAGCCAAAGCACUUCAAGUAAUUCCUCUGAAAAGGGAUGAUGCAACUAACUGAAUGCCAAAGCUGCACCUUAAAUGUAAUUAUAUAGUGUCUCAUAGUCCCAUGUGGUGGUUGUUCUACACCUUGAACCUGAUUAAAAAAGAUAGAUGGUAGUCUUUGAGUAUUGGCGUGACUAGCUACAUAGUGUUUUGAGGUUGGAUCAAUGUUCUAAGUUAGCUUUUACUAUUAGGUAUUUUAUUUAACAUCACAAUUACAUAAAGAUCUAUAAAAAGAAGCAAAUACGUACUACUAAGUUUUUCGAGUUUUAUACUGCAAGAGUUUCUCUGAUGUGUAAAAAAUAAAAAUACCUAGUUCUGUCAGUGACAAACCAAAAUUCACUAACACCACAUCAUCACAUCAGGUCCUGAACCCAGAAAGAUUAAGGCAUUGCUGUUUAACCAGUCUUUCUCUAACUUGUCUGUUGUUUUCUUCAGUGUCAUCAAUGUAUCUGUUUCCUUACCUUGCUACAUUUUUUGUAGAGGUAGUCCACACAUUUCCAAACUUUUUUUAGUUGUUUGUAGUUUUGGCUCUAAUUUUAAGCCUUUGUUACAUGGCUGUCACUGUUUUUGUAGUAAUUGUUCUACCUUAGUCAUUGUUCUACCUUUCUUAUGGUAGUUGAACACAGUCACUUCUUUAGCCUCUUAAGUGGCCAGCGCACUUGCAAAUUCAUUGAAGUUGCAAAAAUAAUACUUACUGUGACAGAAAAUGUGUAUCUCCCAGAAAUAAGUUCUGAGCAUACCUUUCUAUCACCAGAUGGACUUAAUGUCAAUUAAGAUGAAGUACAAUUUGCAUUUGACCAUUGGAAUCAGCUGAUACUGUGUCCUCUGUUUUAUUCUCAGCAGUUAUAAUUUGUGUUAAUUUUGCUUGGGUUUCUUAUGGAUGAGUGUUUUAAAGUCUAAGGAAGCAUUACAAUCCAAAAGUUUUCAUUAAACUGCUGGGGAAAAAAAUAAGCCCAUAGUCCAGAUUUUUUACAUAAUUUUCUCUAAGUUAUGAAAGCAGUGACCAACCAGGAUCAGGUUUCCCCUGUGUUACAGAGUAUACAGGCACAAAAGAAGAUGCAUAUCUAAAACUAAAGGGUUUAUAAAUCUAAGAAAUAUUAGUAAUUUCAUUCUUGGUGUCAGUUCUGAACUUUGAAACUAUACUGGUUCUUUGAUCUUUUAUAUUUAAGCUUGUUAAAAGUAUCAGUGUACUGUUCAAAUAAUUAAUGCACUUUAAAAAAAAAGGCUUCACUUAGAUUGGUUUUCAGACUGAUUUUUUCCAUGUCUAAAGUUUCCUAAAGAAAGCUGUCUCAUUGGUGGUCCAGUCAAGACACAGCAGUGCUUUGGAAAACCUGGCUUUGUACUGCUGUUUUUAUUUUGAAAAAUGGUGUUCUCUGUCUUGAAAUUUUAACAGAUCUCAUCUUACAAAUUUCAGUCCUUUAUAUCAGUUGAUUUUUGCAUAUUUUGUAGAAAUAUUUAAUUUGAACCUGAUGUCAGAAGAGUAACAUUGAGAUCAGCUAUUUAAUGGUCUUGUAAAACAGACAGACUUAGGUUAAUUGUACUUUUAAAAUUCCUGUUGACAAGAAUAGAAAAGGUUUGAGUAUUUCACUGUAAUUUUAUUGCUGCAAGUGAGGUGGGACCAUAAUUAUUUCUUGAGAAGUAUAUUACCUGUACCAUUUCUGCUGCUCUUGUAUAACAAAUACUGCAUAACUUUUUUAAACUGA